GUCUGCUGCCUCUGCUGCAUUCAUGCAGGUUUUGAUUACUAUGCAUGCUACUGAUGUCGAGCUCCUGUCGUGACCCAGCGCUCCAUAGGAGGAGCAAACGAGCUGAGACGUCAGUGCAAAAAAUUAUAGCCAUGCAAGCUAUCCCUGUGCUCAGCUGCUUGGACAGUGCAUACAUGGCUUGUGUGACAGCAACAGCACACAGAAGCAGCAAUGAAAUGCAGUUAGCAAUACAGCUGGGAGACAGGCAGCAAGGCAGGCACUGGUCCAGUGACUAAAAUGAUCCUACCGUGAGCCAGUCUGCAGUGCCUCUAAAAGUGGCUGACUACUACACAGGAGCUCGGCUUUCUCUGCAAUUACACUGUGGUGUUACUGAGUUCCCCUUGGUGACUGCAGUGUGUGUUCUGUUUUUUUUCUUCUUCUUCUUUUUUUUCCUGUCUCCUUCUCUCUCCUCCUGUGUCCUUUUCUCCAGGAUGGCGGAAGCAGAAUUGCACAAGGAAAGGCUCCAAGCCAUAGCAGAGAAAAGGAAAAGGCAGACAGAAAUAGAAGGCAAGAGACAACAGCUUGAGGACCAGAUACUUCAGCUGCAGCAUUUCAAGUCCAAAGCUCUUCGGGAAAAAUGGCUGCUACAGGGAAUUCCUGCUGGCUCUGCAGAAGAGGAAGACGCCAGAAGGAGGCAGUCAGAAGAGGAUGAGCUGAAGGUUAAAAAGCUGGAAGAAAACAUACACAGGUUGGAACAAGAAAUAGAGAAAUUAGAAAGUGAGGAAUCCCAAAUAUCUGCCAAAGAACAAAUCAUUUUGGAGAAGCUGAAGGAGACUGAGCAAUCCUUUGACAACUUGCAAAAGAGGUUCUCACACCAGGAUGGUGAUGCAGUAAAUUACAUUUACUCCCAGAUCCCUGAACUCCCAACCCUCUAUUCACGAACAGCAGAGCCAGUUCCUGGGCGGGACGGAGCAAGCAGAGUAGCUGCUUUGUACACCAUGGAAAUUAAUGUGGAGAAAGACAAACAGACAGGAGAGACCAAGAUUGUCUCUACUUCACCUGUUGGCCCAGGUGGGGCCCAUCAAAAAGGAUUCAAAGUCUAUGAUGAUGGUACCAAGGUAGUCUAUGAGGUUCACUCUGGUGGCACAGUGGUAGAAAAUGGAGUACAUAAAUUAAGCUCAAAGGACGUAGAUGAACUUAUGCAAAAAGCUGGACAAUCAAGUGUAAAAGGGUAUGAAACGAUGACUGUGUCAGACAGAAAUGUGAUAGCAGAUGGAAACUUUAGCCAUAUGAAGGAGCAAAUGCUCUUCAAGGAGGCAAAGCUGGAAAUGGUACGCAAACCCAGCAAAGGGCAUCCUGUGAACCCUCAGCCCCAAGAUAAACCCUGUGAUGGUGGCGAAGCCCCAGAGGCCAGCACAGAUCAGCCAGUGACAAUGAUAUUUAUGGGCUACCAGAACAUCGAUGAUGAAGAGGAAACGAAGAAAGUGCUGGGCUAUGACGAAACGAUCAAGGCAGAGCUGGUCCUGAUCGAUGAAGAUGACGAGAAGUCGCUGCGGGAGAAGACAGUGACAGACAUCUCCACCAUGGAUGGGAAUGCUGCUGAGCUGGUCUCUGGCAGGCCUCUGUCAGACACGACAGAGCCCUCCUCUCCAGAGGGGAAAGAAGAAAGCCUGCCCCUGGAAGCCGCCCCAGGCGAGAGGGAGCUGGAUAUGUUGCCGAUGGACCUGAGAGGACUGUGGCCCUGUGAAAGUCCCCAAGCAGAGGAGAAUGCAAGGAAAUCUUCCAGAAUCCCUGAGGAUGACAUCAGGUUGAGAAAAAACAGAGACCAAAACUGUGCCAAUUUCCUGGAGCCAGCUAGUGUGCUUGCAACAAAGGAGGAGAAAAUGGAAAUUGAAGUUCCAGUUUCUGAACACAAAAGCAUCACCACAGUGGCUUCACCACAUCCAGUAGACAAUCAAACCCACUUCUUUUCCCCUGCUGCCAGCCACAAUGGGCUUAAGGACAGGCAUGAAUCCCUGGACAGUGAAGUUGCUAAAGAGAUCAGAUAUCUAGAUGAAGUGCUGGAGGCAAACUGCUGUGAUUCUGCUGCAGAUAAUACCUUUAAUGGGACAUCCUCCCCUGAACCAAGUGCGGUCUCUGUUGUAGAUGGUUCAGGAACAUCUGUUAAUGUUACCAGCGAUUCAGUACCCGGUGAAAGGGAUGAAAAUGUCGCUGACAAGCAGACACCCUUGGUCGUUGAACAGAGUGAAGCUAGCAUAGAUGAUGAGAACCUGAAAUCUAAUGGCCAUUCUUCAGGGGGAUUGAAAGAAGACACUAGGGACAGUCUGAAGGGGCCAGGGAGUCCUACUUCUUCAAACAGUUCUAGAAGAUCUUCUAAGGAUGGAGAAACAACUUUUACAACCCUUAAGAAAGAGGCUAAGUUUGAACUACGAGCCUUCCAUGAAGACAAAAAGCCAUCUAAGCUCUUUGAAGAGGAUGAUGAGAAGGAAAAAUACAGGGUCCGGAAAGUGAGACCAUCAGAGGAAAUGAUGGAACUUGAAAAGGAAAGGAGGGAACUUAUUAAAAGCCAGGCUGUCAAGAAAAACCCCAGCAUUGCCGCCAAAUGGUGGAACCCUCCCCAAGAGAAGACCUUGGAAGAGCAACUGGAUGAAGAGCAUCUGGAGUCCCACAAGAAGUACAAGGAGCGCAAGGAGAGGCAGCAGCAGCAAGGUGCAACACCACCAUCCCCCAAACAGGUCAGCUACUCCUUUGUACCACCAGAGCCAGUCAAUAUCAAGAAAGAGGAUAUUGUCACAGAGCAAAUUGAUUUCUCAGCUGCCAGGAAGCAGUUCCAGCUAAUGGAGCAUUCAGGUCCACCUCAGGGUCAGGUCCCACCAAGGCGGUCAGGGACACCCAAAAUGUUCUCUAUCAAACCCUUCUACAAGAGCCUCAGUUCUUCGCAUGUAGACAGGCCACUGUCCUCCAUAGCAAGACCUGUUUCUGUCUGUGGACAAGCAGGACAGCUUGAGAAUAAUGAUAUCACUGUUGUCAAAGCACAAAAGGUCUCCUGUACCUCAGAGGAUGAUAUGAAUGCUCAGAGUAACACUACUGAGCCAGUAAGAGAGUUACCAUGUAGUGACAGCUCCAGAAGUGGACAGACCUCAAAACUGUGGCCAGAGGAUGGUGAAUUCAUGAGUGCAAGAGCGGUCUUCACUGUGGUGAAGGAUGACGGACAAGGUGUGCUAGACCAGUUCUCAAAAUCAACCAGCGCCUCUUCCCCUCCAGAGGAGUUAGACUCUGGCUUGGAUGACUUGUCUGUAAGGUCUCAGGAUACCACUGUCUUGGAGACCCUUUCCAAUGACUUCAGCAUGGACAACAUCAGCGACAGCGGUGCCUCCAAUGAGACCAUGAGCGCCCUCCAGGAAAGCUCACUGGCAGAUUUUUCCCUGCCACAGACCCCCCAGACCGACACUCCCGCAGAGUGCAGAGGGGAAGGUGUUUCUAAGUCAUUCAGUGACCCGGGCUUUGACUCACCUUCUUCUACCUUGGCAGACUCCAUGCUGAUUGAUGACCAGCUGGAGUAUCAUGCCGGCCUGCUAGUUCAAAACGCGAUCCAACAAGCCAUAGCCGAGCAGGCAGACAAAACAAGCUGUAAGCAAGAGAAAAUCAUGGCAGAGCAGGAGAUCUCAGUUGAAGGUCAAUCAGCCACUGGGCCAGUGCCAUGCUCUGAGGAGCAGCAGAGCCCCACAUUUGAGCCACCGCAGGUGUCUUCUCCUGUUCAAGAAAAAAGGGACACAAAACCAAAGACAUCAGAAGAGGAAGACUCAGGACUCAGGGAACGGAAGACUUUGCAGCCAUCACCCAUAUCCUCAGCCAGCCAGCCAUUCCUUGUGGAGGAAAAUAGGCAAGAAGUCAGCUAUUUUAGCAAGUAUUCAGAGGCAGCUGAGCUGAGGAGCACCGCCUCCAUCCUUGCCACCCAAGAGCCUGAAGUGACCAUGGGCCCUUUUAAGUUACGGUCGAGGAAGCAGCGGACAUUGUCGAUGAUAGAAGAAGAGAUCAGAGCAGCCCAGGAAAGAGAAGAGGAGCUGAAGAGGCAGAGGCAAGGUCUACAGGUCGCAUCGAGCCCUCUUGUGAAGAAUGCACCACCCCUGCCCACCAGAACAGUGUCUUACAAAACUGCACCAGGAAAGAUAGAGAAGAUCAAGCCUCCUCCAUCUCCAACCACUGAGGGCCCCAUCUCGCAGUCCGAGCCGCUGCCCGAGGAGCCUGCGGGAGCCCAGCGACCUAAGAACUUGAUGCAGACACUGAUGGAGGAUUAUGAAACACACAAAACUAAAAGACGAGAAAGGAUGGAUGAUAGCAGUUACACCUGUAAAUUACUGUCUAGCAAGGUUACUUCUGAGGUACUUUUCAACUGCUUAUUUAUUUUUGCUUCCUCUUGCAUGGUGAUUCCAAAUGCAUGUGGCUGCAAUUUGCAUUUUCAUACUGUGUGCCAGUGCUGUUUGAUAUCAAAACCACAAUGCAAAUGCAUAUGGGCGAUAUUCCUUCUUAUCUCCCAUCAACAAAUAUUUGUGUGGCUGGUUUUCUAACCCUUGGAUUCUCAUUACAAUUUCUGGAGUGGGAGGGAUUGUAAUUAGAGGGAUGGGAGCUGUUGCCCAGAACUGGGACAUUCCUGGGAUGUGAAAUGAGAACUCUUCCACUCUCUAAUCCCUGCUCUCAUUUAGCUGGCAAAGCUAAACCUCAAGCACCCUCUGUUGCUGAAGAAAAAUGCUGUGGCUUUCCUUUAUCUGCAGUUAUAGUGUAUAUAGGAGUAUCAAAAUACACAGCAUUUUGUAAAAAAAAACCAACACACCAAACUUUCAUCUUUGGAAGCACAGUCAAGUCCAAGCUUGCAGUCUCCAUUUGGUGAAUUCUGUGUACUUGUCCUUGUCCCUGUGCAUUGCCAUAUGAUGACUGAUCACAGUCCCACAGCUUAGCACCAAUGUUGGUCUCUGCUUAGAAGAGACCCAGCCUUGCUAAAGAAAGUAUGUUUUCACUGACACUUGGUGUUUUACCACAGUGCGUGAGGCAGAAACUUGCACAGUCUUCAUCCCUACAAAGCUGGACUCUGCCAAAUGCUUCAACUUUAAGAGCAGGAAGUUGAUACCACCUCCAUUUUUGCCAUGUUUUUAGGGAUUUUGUGUUCAACAAUGCAGGCACUUGAAUUACCUGUGAUUUUCUGUGCAGAUGUGUGCAUAAAUCCAGACCUUUCUAAGAGACACAAACGGAUCCUGAUAUUGACGGACAUUCAUCUGUCCAGAAUCAGUGUUUCAUUACAAGCACAUGCUUUCCACUAUUUCUCCAAUUCCGUAACACAUUUUGACCCCAUGAGCUGCUCCAAGACAAGUGCCUGAACGUUUUCUGUCCUCAGAAGUAAAGCAAAGUAAAAUCUAUCCCGUUUCCUAUUCAUGAGUGUGUGUCUGCCUCACUGAUACAGUCCAAUGAUUUAUCUUGUGUGGAACAUCUACAGAGAUUUAGCAGUGUACUUUCCAAGACCUGGUGUUAAACGUAGGCUGGGCCUCUUCUCCCUCAUAAUAUCUGUGAAAUAAUCUUGGUUUUAUGAAUAGUCAGUAACGGCCAGAGCAUUUGAUGUGGUGUAGGAGGCAGAAGCUCGGGUGUGGAUUUUGCAUGCCUAACUCACAGCACCUUCUGCUGGGAACAGUUACAUGUCUUCUUAUAAAAUAGAUAUUGACACAAGGAGUGGUAAGCUGGAAAAGAAUGAGUGUAAGUGGGAAAGGUGGGAAAGAUGAAAACUGCAGUUGUAAAAAACUGUGAUUUUCUAUGCAGGUGAAAAUGUGCCACCUGCGUAAUCUCCAUUAUUAAGCCUCAGUCUCAUGAAACCAUUUUUCAGUCCCAAUCCUUUUGAUACAGGUUCUCAGCUGCAGUCAGAAAUCUCCGCAAAAAACAAGGCUUAUCAGCACUGCAGCAGUCCGCUACCACUGUUAAAUGGGGAGUAUUCGCUGCAAACCUAAGCUGGACGGUUAUUUCAGACUUAGAAGCAACACUCAGGACACCACCGCUUCCCCUCCUUAGUCGACCCUCGUAGCUGAGCACUGGUCUGUCGCGGGAGCCCCCCUGGUCCCCCGCAGUGCAGGCAGGUUUUAGCAGGCUUCGUUUUAGUCAGCAGCAGCAGCCCCUGAGGCUGGUGGCGGGCAGGGACUCUCGUAUGGUCAAGCUCAUAUAGCUCCGCUCAUAUACGCAGCCCAACAGCAGUAAUGAACAGCUGCAUCUGAAGUUAAGCUGGAUGCUCACAAACUACAUUAGUCUUUACUACUAUUUCAUUCGUCCGAUGUGUUUUAUCACCUUGAAAAUCUUAGAGCUGGUGUUAAAAGCACAUCCUUUUAUUGUUUUAAAGAGGCGGCUGAUAACCCGUAUGCCUGCACAUGUACACGUUGUUUUUAUCCUUAAAGUCCUCUGCUUUUGUCUUUAAAACUAUAAUUAUGUUUAAAUUUAACAGGCAUUAUCCUGAGUUUACUUUAUGCCCACCAUGCUGUAGGAGAUACUGCAGUAAAGUAAUAGUUAUGGAAUUUUUAAAAGUGACUGCUGAAAAUUCAGGCACUACAAGGUAGAAAACCAACAGACUGUACUGGAUGGCAGAGGACACAUAGUUUGUGUUCUAACAGUGACCAGCAGCAGCAGUAACAGGUUCUUUCUUCAGAUAUAUAAAUUUUUGUUUCAGAUUCCCUGCUCCUCACUGUGCUCACUAAAUUUCUGAUAUAUCCAGGGUUUAGCACUAUGUAGGUACAGUAAAGAAAAAAUCUUUACACUGGAGGAAUAGAUGCUAUUUGUCUUGCAGCAGUUUUAGUUGUCUGUUAAAUCAUUUAGCUUUUUGUUACUGAGAAGGAGUGGUCACGUCUACAGGAACAGUCAGCCUGCUUCCUGCAUUUGUGUUUCUGUUUUUUGUGCACUGCGUGCUUCCAUGAAGGUGUCUUGUGCAGUGGUUUUUUUGUGCAUGGUAGAACUUAGAGACUCAGACCUUCACUUUUUUUUUCUUUGCUUAAAGCUUCUUCCAGGUCCAAAUGGGAAGAAGCAGUAAAAUAUUAGGCUCCAGAAACAUCAUUUUGCUUCCACGUCAGUGUUGCUGCUACUAUUAAAUAAAAAUGAGCCUGUGUGGCGUAGUACUAAGUGCCAUUCAGCACCAGGUGCUUGGGAUAAAUAUGCUCUGGACUAAAGCAUAUCCCCAUUUUGCUUUUUAAUAAUUUGUUACUAGUAAGAGAGUAGCUAUGGUUACAUCUGUUGGAGGAAAAUGGGUUAACUCAGGGAAGACUGGUCUCUGUCUCUGUCUCUGCCUCUUGAAUGGAUAGAUAGAUUAAUCUUGAACUUGACUGUGGUGGCUGUUUCCGUCUCUUUUUUUUUUUUCAAAUUCUCAGUAUCUUAAAUGAAAUCUGUCAAGAAAGAGCCCUCUGUGAUUCCUAGCAAGAACUCAGAGCUGCAACCACAAGAUCCCCACAUCAGCUUUUUUACAAAGGGAGGCAAAGAACAGUUUUUACAGCUCUAUAUAUUUUGAUGUAUUUGUCUCUCCUUCACACUUAUUUCUCAUCUCCAAAUUCUUCUUCAACUGGUGGUCAAAUUGCUAUUCCCAUGUGAGACGUAUUUUAUAUCACAUUGCUUUUUUCACUGGCAUGGUAUUUCCUUUGUAAGAUACCAUGAGUAAAUCAUCCACUUCAAGCUUAAAGGCCUGAGUUUAAAGGCCGAUUUUAGUAGUCAUUGUAGACAAGUGAUAAAAUGCAGAGAAUAGCAGCAAUAAAUAAGGUAUCUAUUCCCAUUUCUGAUCUUCAGUAUAUGCCUUUGGCAUGUGGUUAUGUGCCUAACUACCUUAGGUCACUCUGGCCAUCCAAGCCAUGCUUUUGACAGGAUGGGGAUAAUUUUGUGGUCAGCUACCUCCACUCAGUGGUAUCUUCAAAGAGGUUGCAGAGGUGCGGCUGACUGCCAGGGGCUGGGACUCGGUGGCUGCAUGAACACUAAGCAGCAGCUUAUUCCACAUACAGGUCUGUGAGUCCAGUCUAUUUGCUCCCCGUGCCAGGACGCAGCAGUGCUACUGUCCGGACAGUGCACAAAACCGUAGGUGAUUGAUUUUGGGUGCAGCAUGCAGGUGUUGAACGUAGGCCAGGCCUCUGCGGUUGGUGCCAAAUGAAGACUGCAGUAACAUCACAGGCAUCAGGGCGCAAGCUGCUUGGAGAGCUGUCAGAGGGCGGGGGAGCGGGGGCCUUAGGUCUGGAAAUCUUCACACCGGGAGGGGCCCAGCUGGGCUGGUGUGCGCGGUGUGCUGAUGCAGGGCAUCAUCGGUGAGGGCAUUUAUGAAGUCUUGAGGUAGUGUUUUGCAACGUGGCCCAGAGUGGAGUGUAUUACAGACCUCCAAAACAAGCAGAAGACUUUCCUUCAGCCUCUCUUGGAGAAAUCACCAGAUGGGAGAUUCAUGGUGGGUCUAGAGCCAAUCCUGGUGUCUGCUGAGAAUAUCUUACAAGGGAGAUCGAAGGGUGAGUGAGUGUAAGUGAGUGAGUGCUUAAGAUGAUGAAAGCAGGGCUGCACAGAGGAGACCGGAUCCUCUAUUCAGUCAUUGCAGCUUUGGACUGCAGUCACCACAUUGUAUUCUGUAGGAGGUAUAAAACUGAAGUGGAAUAGUAAAAAUGGGGGCUGUUUUAGAUCAAACACUCUCUUCAGUAAAUUGAAAGAAGCCUUCUGGAGUAGCUAAUGUAAACGGAUCUUUAGCUUAGAAGCCUCUGCUCUAACAUUUAAUAGUAAAUCAGACAUGAAUACUUGUUUUUGUGCACAAGCUAAGUCCAUGUUCAGUGCCUUCACUCUGGGCUGUCAGUGCUGCACGAAGCCCAGGGGGACAAAUGGUGCAGCCAGCAACACGGCACGUGUGGGGCAGCCGCUCUCCUCCGGCCGGUGGGUGCUGCGUUGCAGGACGAGCUGCGCUGCCCUUGGGUGGCAGUGGCACCGUCCCUGGGCGUGUGGACAGGAGCUAUCUUCACCUGGACCUUCAGCAUGGAAGUAACAAAAUUUAGCAAAGUAAAUCCAUGUGUUCAGAACAUUAAAGUGAUCACAGCAGUGUUUUAGCCAUCAUGAUCUAGGGAGAGGAAAGGUUGGGAUGAGAAGUAACAGCUGCUUUUGGAGCAGCUGGUUAAGUCUGCAGAGUGGACAAGCUUUUGGGCACAUGGGCAGACAGGUGGUAAAUGAACGAAGGCGUGUCGUCCCCUGUCACUCUCUGUUUUAAGGCAAAGAAAUGCUGACUGAUCCGAAGCAGAAAGCUGCACAGUUUCAGAUUUUUGACUGUUUCAAACCAGCGUCAAAGACCUUUGCAACUCCUUGGUUUCCACCAAGGUAGACAGUGGCCAGAAACUGUUGUAAAUUAUGUAAAAUUUAUUUUGUAUUCAGCUCGCCUAAAUCUACAGGCCAAAUUCAGCAGACAUCAUUUAAGUAUGUCAUUGCUCUCUCACAGCGGUAAUUUCAGUUUGAAAUUUGUGCUGAAUUUGUUAUUUUUGCACAUAUGUUUCAAUUCCCAAUGGAGGGGAAAAUGGAUUUUCUGCAUUUUCUUUAGUCAUUAUGCCAUGCUGACCUUGCUGUUUUGCUGCCCAGCAAUAUUUGCCUGUUGCCAUCUAAAAAAGUCACUGCAUUUUUCCAGCUUAUUGCUAACCCUAGAGCAGCUACUUUAUUGUCAUCUUCUGCAGAAGAUAAUAAGAUGAUACAUACACUGAUGUCCAGUCCCAAUUUUGUUUCUCCAUUGAGCCUCUUGUUCAAAGGUCUGGUUCCUGUUGCCAUUUCUUGUUUUCAGCAUUCAGAAUCCCAAAUACUUAAUUUAAACCAUCAGUCCUUGGUCUUGCACCUGGAGUAGCGUCAGGACACUGCUUGCCGGGUGAUGUCUCAGGAGGAUUUUUCAGUGGGGCUUUUUUGUUGUUGUUUUUUAAUGAACCAUUAGGAUUGCAGGCACAUUUGCCAUCUGCUGGAUGAAGUGAUAACUGCUGCAGGCUGUUCCCACUUUCCAGUGAUGGCUCCGCAGAAUGUGGAGAUGGGAUUUUGAGCAAAACUUCAGCAAUUAAUCCUCUGGGAAACCUGGAGCAGCUUCAUAUUCCUGUUCAGUGAUGGGGAAGCAGCCGGAGCUUCAGAUCAAAAUUAUCUGUGUUGGCUGAAUUUUACCUUUAGGUCUGUGACUUUUUCAGGGUCAUAGACAAAAGAAACUAGGAGGACAAAGAAAAUAAAGGCAAAAAAGUAAAAAAGUUUGCCAGACUUGACCUUACCUUCAGCUCCUGAAUGGAAGUUUGGGCCUUAAGUUAGAUCCAGAAGGAUGUUUGUUUUCCCAAGGAAAACUGUAGCCUGUAGUUUGAGCUGAUAUUGUUCAAAGCUGAUUUCCCAGUGUUACUUAUAUAGGAGCCUGUAGCACCUGUCUACUUUUUAAACGGUAGCAUAUUACAAGCUGAAAGGGCAAAUUCUGCUCACCCGUCCCCCUUCAGCUGUGCGUCACAUCUGGUAGCUUUAGUCUUAAGUUUUUUAUUUUCUUUAUUUUUAUUCCAGUCAAGACUUAAGCCCACACUGCAUUUGUCUUUCUACACACAGGCAUGAAAUAACAUCAUCCUUUCCCAAAAAGCCAAUUACUCAUCUACAGUCAGACAACAUGGGUGUUGCAGAGCAGCUUGUAGGAAGCAUUAGACACCUUAAGUGACAGACCUUUUGUUCAGUGAACAGUCUGAGAUAGUUGGGCUUGGUUUUCUGUUUGUUUUUUUAAACUUGACUCUUUAAACAUCUCCAAAGUUUGCUCCUCUGGGAGGACUGGCUUAAAACCCAUUAAGGCAGUGGGCUUUGGAGAAGCUUGGUAGUUUGAUCAAGCGGCUGUUCUUCAGUGUGGGUCGGGAAGUAGCACUGCCAUGUGCUUCUCCGACAAGGUCCCAGGCCCCUGCGCGUGCUGGCUGGGAGGACACCCACUGCCAUUCAUUAUUUGCAGAGGAGUGCAACACCUAAACUCCACACACACCUGUUGUCCUACUCUGAAUUUCCUUUUCCUGCUUCAAGCACAUAUUUAAACUGUUUCCAACUUUCUUUUUUGUUGUUUUUGUGUGUGCAUCAUAUACAUAUGUAUAGUAUAUAUACAGUAUGUAUGUUUA